AUGAUGAGCAAGACCGCAGCUGGCGAAUCAGCUACUCAAAAGGGUGCUUUGAGCCAUAGUGAGCAGCACUAUUUCGACUCGUACGAUCACUAUGGUAUCCACGAAGAAAUGUUACAGGAUUCUGUGCGCACCUUGUCAUACAGAAAUGCAAUUGUUCAAAACAAACAUCUUUUCAAGGACAAAAUUGUGCUAGAUGUUGGCUGUGGAACUGGUAUUCUUUCGAUGUUUGCUGCCAAGAACGGUGCAAAGCACGUCAUCGGUGUCGAUAUGUCCAGCAUCAUCGAGAUGGCUCGCGAAAUUGUCGAGCUGAACGGUUUCUCUGAUAAGAUUACCUUAUUGCGUGGUAAGUUGGAGGACGUGGAACUGCCAUUCCCCAAGGUAGACAUCAUCAUUUCUGAAUGGAUGGGAUAUUUCUUACUUUAUGAGUCUAUGCUGGACACAGUGCUUUAUGCCCGUGAUCACUAUUUGGUCGAGGGUGGCUUAAUUUUCCCUGACAAAUGUUCUUUACACAUUGCUGGUCUGGAGGAUGCUCAAUAUAAAGACGAGAAGAUCAACUACUGGCACGACGUUUAUGGUUUCGACUAUUCUCCCUUCAUUCCAUUGGUCAUGCAAGAACCAAUUGUCGAUACUGUGCAAGGCAACGUGGUCAACACUACGAGAUGCCAACUUAUCGAGUUUGAUCUAAACACAGUUCAACUUUCGGAUCUGUCAUUCAAGGCUAAAUUUGAGGUUGAAGCCAAGAGACAAGAUUGGAUUAAUGGGCUGAUCGCCUGGUUUGAUAUCGUUUUCCCGGCUCCAGAAGGAAAAAUACCGGUUGGCUUCUCAACCGGCGCGCACUCUCCAUACACUCAUUGGAAGCAAACCGUGUUUUACCUGAAAGAAAAUUUAGAAGCUGAGACAGGCGAUGUUCUGAGAGGUGAACUUACUUGUGCUCCAAACAAGCGUCAUAACAGAGAUCUGGACAUCAAGAUUACCUACGAUUUCGAGGCCAAGGGGAUCGAUGCCGCUCGCAGAAGCAAAUCUGGCGAAGACACCUUUAUCAUGCGCUAA